AUGAAAAAAAUAUUUUUAUUUAUUAUUUUUUUAAUUAUAUUAAUAAUUAAAUUAUCAAAUUGUGAUAGACUUGUAUAUGUUGGUGAUAGAAAUAAUAAACAAUCAUUUUUAAAUAAAACUAAUUGGUAUCCUGAAAAAGUUCCAACUAAAGAUGACUCAUUAUUAUUAUCAAAUGGUGGUAAUUUAUUAAUAGAUUAUGAUGAAAUAUGUUCUUCAGAAUAUUUUACAAUUAAUAAUGGGUCAUUUUAUUUGUAUGGUCAAUAUAGUGUAUAUGAUUCAAUGGAUAUAAAUAGAGGAAGUUUCAUUAUGGAAAAUGGUGCAAUAUUAAAUGUUAAUAAUUCAAUAUAUGUAAAAUAUUACUUUGAAAUUAAUAGUAAUAGUAUAUUUAACCCAACUUUUAAAAACACAACAAUUUCAACCAAAAAUUUUAUUAUUGGAGGUUUUUUAAAUAUUUACCAAAAAUCAAAUUUAUUUUUAAAUUGUAAUAAAUUGGAAAUUAAUAAUAAUGGUUCUAUUAAUGUUGAAAAUAAUUCAAAAAUUAAUUUAAAUGGGGGGCUAAUAAUGAAAGAUAAAAGUCAAAUUUAUUUAAAUAAUUCAAAUAUUGAAAUAAAUGGUGAUGCAAUGUUAAUGAAUCAAUCUAUUUUUAAUACUAUGAAUAAUUUAGAUUUAUUUAUUUCUGGAAGUUUACAUUUAAAUGAUGAUUCUCUAUUUUUAUUAUUUGAUAAUAAUGAAAUGACAAUUAAUGGUGAUUUAUUAUUAAAUGGUAUUUCUAAACUUUUUGUAAAUGAUAAAUCAGAAUUGUCAAUUUAUGGUGAUUUAAAAAUUAAUGGUAAUUCUAAAUUUGGUAUAACCGGUAUGGAAUCUAUUAUUAAUAUAGGAAAUGACUUUUAUUCAUCAGUAAAUUCAGAAUUUACAAUAGAAAAGAGUAUUUUCAAUUCAUGGGGUAGUGCAGAAUUUAAUGGUGAAAUUAAAUUUAAUUCUUGUGAUUUUAAUUCACAUAAAUCUACAAUAUUUAAUAGUGAUAUAGUUGUAGUAAUUAUUGAUUCAGUAUUUAAAUCACAUGGUUCAUUAACUGUUAAUAAUAAAUCGUCAUUGAGAAUUCAAAAUUCCAUUAUAUACUCUUAUGAUGAUUUAAUAAUUAAUGGAGAAUUUGAAACUAAUUUUACGACUGUUUAUAUUGAAGGUGGUAAUUCAAUUCUACAAAAUUCAUCAUACAUUAAUUUAAAUGAUUCUAUAUUCAUAAUUAAUAAAGGUAAUUUAAUAAUUCACCCAAAUUCUUACAUUAAUCUUGAAAAUUCAAAAUUUAUUUUAGACAAUGGUAUUGUUAAAACAUCAGGUAAUCUAUAUUUAAAUAAUAAUUCAACUUUUGAAAUUAAUCAAAAUGGUAUAUAUAAUUUAUCAUCUGGUGGUAUUUAUUACACAAAUGAUACAAAUAUUAAAAGUAAUAAUAUUACACUAAAAAAUGAUGGUAUAUUCAAUAUUGAUAAUGAUAAUGUUGAGAUUAAUAUUUCAUUUAUUAAUAAUGGUGAUGGUAAUGGCAAUGGUAGUGGUAGUGGUAGUGGUAGUGGUGGUGGUAAUGAUAGUUUAACUCAAUUAAAUAUUAAUAAUCAUACUAUUUAUAUUUACGAAUUUAGGAAUGAAAAUGGUAGUGAAUUAAAUUUAAAUGGUGGUACAUUAUCAAGUGAUAAUUCAAUUCAAUUAAAUGGUGGAUCAAUUAAAGGUAAUGGUAAUAUUAAUAGUACAAUCAUUCAAAAUAGUGGUGAAUUCGGGUCAAGUUUCUCUGUUAACAAUUUCAAUAUAAUUGGUAAUUUCAUACAAUCAAAUGACUCAUCAUCAAAAAUUAUAAUUGUUAUUGAUUCACUUUAUUCCUUUUCAACAAUAAAUAUUUCAAAAUUAGCUGAUAUUAAUGGUAUUGUAAUAAUUAAAAUAAAUGAAAAUUUAUUAAAUAAUAAUAAUAAUAAUAAUAAUAAUAAUAAUAAUAAUAAUAAUACUUCAGAAUCAUCAUCAUCAUCAACAAAUGAAAAAACAAUAUUGAAAUUAGUUAAUUUUGAUAGUAAAAGUAGUAAUAGUUUUGGUAAUAUUAAAUUUGCAACAUAUGAUUCAAAAGGUAAUGAAAAGGAGUUAUCAUCAUCACCACCAUGUGUCGAUGCAAGAGUAUCAAGUACAUCAUUUUCAGUGUUAAUUGAUGUUAAUGAUUGUUUUCCAAAUGAUAAUAAAGUUAAUUCAUUAUCUGUUGGUGCAAUAGUUGGUAUAGUGAUUGCUUGUGCUAUCAUUGCUAUUAUUAUUAUGUCAAUCGUGCAUUAUCGUGAAAGAGCUCGUUUCUUGGGAAUGCUUGCAAAAGCAAAAUUAAGUAAAAUCUCUAAAAAAUUAUCAAGAAAAUAA